ACUUUUGACCGCAGAGGUCGUCAGAGGCUUGAGGCCAUUCCCGAAGAGGAAGAGUGCAGUGCGAGUUCCUCCACAGUGUUGGGAGCAAGCGAUCAGAGAGGAGAAGCUGCGGAGCCACCAGUGACGGAGAUGGUAGAGGGCGAAAGAGCGGCAGAAGAGCAUGCUGUAACAGAUCCACCCUCAUCUUCUCAGUCUUCUAGUUCGUCGUAUUAUACGAUCGCAGGAAGUGGCACUAGUUCCUCGAGUUCAGGUUCCAGGUCUUCAGACGAUUUUAGGGUCUCAGACGUUUCGUCGUAUUACUACGGUAGCAGCGAUCCGCACGACAGCGCCGCGACAGGAUCUAGCUCAAGCGGUGCAGGUGGC